CUCACAUUCAAAGAGAAUCAGAGAGAGAGAGAGAGAGAGAGAGGAGGAGGAGGAGAGAGAUGGGAAGAGGGGGUGAGAGAGAGGCAGCAGAAGAGGAGGGAGCGAUGGCUACAGACUUCUUCUGGUCCUACACGGAUGAGCCUCACGCUUCCAGGCGCCGUCAGAUCCUCUCUCAGUACCCUCAGAUUAAGGAGCUCUUUGGUCCCGACCCCUGGGCUUUCCUCAAGAUUACGGUGGUUGUGUUACUUCAGCUCGGGACUGCUACAGCCCUCCACAAUGCAGGCUGGCUGAAGAUACUAGCGAUAGCCUACUUUUUUGGCUCGUUUCUCAACCACAACCUCUUCUUGGCCAUCCAUGAGCUCAGUCACAAUCUCGCCUUCUCGACCCCAGUCUACAACCGUUGGCUCGGUAUUUUUGCUAACCUCCCGAUUGGUGUUCCCAUGUCCGUCACCUUUCAAAAAUAUCACCUUGAGCACCACCGCUUCCAGGGAGUAGACGGCAUUGAUAUGGACAUCCCAAGCAAGGUUGAGGCUCAUGUGGUGACAAAUGUGGUCGCGAAAUCCAUUUGGGUUCUCCUUCAACUCUUCUUCUAUGCCCUUCGUCCUGUGUUUCUCAAACCGAAACCCCCUGGUUACUGGGAGUUCCUCAACCUCUUCAUUCAGGUAGCCCUCGAUGUUGCAAUGGUCUACUUUUGCGGCUGGAAAUCUUUUGCUUACUUGAUCCUCUCUACAUUUGUCGGCGGUGGGAUGCACCCAAUGGCGGGUCACUUCAUUUCGGAGCACUAUGUCUUCAACCCUGAUCAAGAGACGUAUUCUUACUAUGGCCCUCUCAAUCUCCUAGCUUGGCACGUAGGCUACCACAACGAGCACCAUGAUUUCCCCAGAAUUCCCGGGAGCAAGCUUCAUAAGGUGAAGGACAUUGCACCGGAAUACUACGAGGGUUUGGAGUCGUAUAAAUCUUGGAGCCAAGUGAUCUACAUGUACAUAGCGGAUCGAACAGUUGGACCGUUCAGUCGAAUGAAGAGAAAGGCAACAAAAUCUGAAUAGGUUCUCUCUUCUGCAACAAUUUGUUCCAUUUUUUUGUAUCCUUUCCUGGUUCAUUAAUUAGACUGAUGAAAAGGAAGUUAUUUAUUCAUUAAUUAGCAAUUGGAAAAGACAUUUUGUUUAAGCUAUGAACCCUAGUUAUAUAUACGUAAACUGAGUUCAGUGUUUUCUUUA